CACACAUAAAAAGCACACAUACUGCUCGCAUCUACCCAACUGAAAAAUUCGCGAAAGCAAAAACAGACGACGAAGAAGAAGACCAAGACUCACACAACAGCAAAUGGAGCUACCAAAACGUCGUCGUUCACCGCGAUCCGCACUCUAACCUCCACGCUCACUCCAGCCAUGAGCUUCUGAGAGCUCUCUCGCUUCUCCUCAAGAUCUAACCCCACCACAAAAUUGGAGUUGUCAACCGAAAUGUUGCCGCGCAGAUUAUCCGCUAUAUUCGGAGGCCUCGGUUCCACCACCGCCGCCAAUACUGCAGCCGCCGCCGAGCUCCAGCCCACUCUCAAGGUCCAGACCGACCGCGAAGUCUACCGCCCCGGCGAUCAAAUCGUCAUCACCGUCGAGAUUUCCAACCCUUGCUGCCGCAAUGGCGACGACAUGGCGUAUUCGCUGCUGAUCGAGCGGUUAGGGUUUGAGAUUAAGGGGAUUGAGAAACUGGAUUCGCAGUGGUUCGCUACGCAGAAGCCUGUGCCUGGAUCUAGACAGAGAAGAGGUGAAUAUGUGUUCAUGGAGGCCUCGACACCGGCAUUGGUUACCAAUCAAAUUGUUUCGCCAGGGGCCACGAAAUCAUAUGUGGUACGGUCAGUGCUUCCAAGCAUUAUACCACCGUCAUACAAAGGUGCUACCAUUCGGUAUAUGUACUAUGUUCGAAGUACAAUGUCUGGACAAUGGUUGAUAUUGGAGAAUGCCCAUUCUCGUGGAGAGUCAGUUAAAGAUUUUCCAGAAAUGGAAGCUCGUACUCCAUUACAAGUAUGGGUCACUCAGAAGACCAGUGGCUUGGGAGCAGAAGAAAGUCAAAGUGAUGGGAUUGUUCCUUCGUCAACCAUGCAAAUUGAUAUGUAUUGGAAAGAGAUGGAUGGUGACUCUGAAUGGGUAAAAGGAAAUGAUGUAUAUGAUGGGAUUGAGGAUGGCUAUGAAAGCUCAAAGGAUGAGAUCUCAUCCGUUUCAUCUUACAAUCCUAUGAAAGAACAUAUGAACAGAACCUUUGGUAGUUCAUUAUCAUUGCAAUCAGCUAGGUCUUCAAACAAGGAUACAUAUCUUGAAAGAGAACGCACAAGUCUAUCUUCAAAUCUGGCACUUCCACUGCUCUCCGCUGCUGAAGUCGUGUAUGAUACUGGUGCUGAUCUUAAAUCGCCCAAAAAUUCCUCUGUUGUUGGCUCUCCAAGCAGGCAGCAGAAACUUACAAAAUCCCUUCCUUCAGAAGAUGAAGCAAGAGCAUCUACUUCACCAGCAGCUGGUGCUGCUGAAACCUUAGCAUCAGAAGGCUUUAUUCGAGGGAGGUCUUACAAUAUCCGGCUGGACGACAAAGUUCUGCUUAGAUUUUCCCCGAAAAAUUCUGAUUCUAAUUAUUACUUCAGUGAUAUGAUUGGUGGAACUCUUACUUUCUUUCAUGAAGAAGGAGCUAGAAGAUGCCUUGAGGUUUCUAUAACACUGGAGACUUCAGAAACCAUUAGUCGGCGAUAUGUCCAUCCUUCUCGGAAGAAUUCCCCUACAAUUACAAAGGUUCAGAGUGAUCAUUACGAGGUUGUUGCUGAUUUAGUGCAGACAAGUUUUCUCUUUUCCAUUCCUAUGGAUGGGCCUAUGUCUUUUUCCACUCCUCAUGUAUCUAUAAAAUGGGUCCUUCGGUUUGAAUUUUUUACCACUCCAAAGAAUGUUGACUGGACCAGGUACGAUCAUCCUCUUCUUGUAGAGGGAAGAGACAAAAGUGAGUGGGUUCUUCCUAUCGUUGUUCAUGCACCUCCAGGUGUGGGACCUAAUGGUCAGUCACGAAAUGAGAAGUCUCUGCUCGGAAUAGUUGGUGCAUAAUCAGAGGCUGAUGUAAUUGCGUUGUCUGAAAUACCAAGCCUCGAUCUCGAUUUCAAAUUGUGGAUCAGCAUCUUUUAGCUAUCUAGCCGUUGUGGCUACACAGCUAUCUGUUCCUCUGGAGAAAUAGUCGAGUGAAUGCUGAAAAGAAAGCUUGAAGGGCAGAGGGGACAGAGAUGUGGACUAAGAGAUGUUACAGAGCGGAUUUAGCAUAGGUCUAUACACCAAAAUGUGUAGCAUCAUUGAUUUAUAUUUGUUAAUUUUAUUUUCCCGUGAUAUAAAGUUUCAUGGUGUUGAAACGGGUUGUACAUUCUGUGAAGAUAGGCGUUUGUUAUUCAUUGAAACAGAUGGGGGAAAAAAAAAAGGAAAAUCCACACCUACUCUACAAAUU